UUAGCUUUGCAGCAAACUUCAAAAAGACAGCAGACGUAUAAAUACUAGCAAUGUGGAGGAAAAACUAUUUUAGGUACAUGACACAAUGUUAAUGCUCAAACGUAGAUCGUGAUGAGCACACCACCGAACAACCCGACACCACCCCCGAAUCCUUCGGCUUCCGAUGCGGCGCCCGCUGCCGCUGCGGCUGCGGCACCGACCGCCGCGGCACCUGCCGCUUCUGCGGCCCCGGCUGCCGCUGCGGUGCCAGCCGUCGGUCCAGUUCCGCCUAUAGCCCCGACCCCAGUCGCAGCAGUAAGUGGUGGUGGUGGUGGCGGCGCGGGCGGCGCUGGUGGCGCAGCAGUCGGAGCAGCCGGCGGAACCGGUGGCGGGAUAGGUGCAAUGGUGGUACCAAUUAUUGGUUUAGCUGUCGGCGUCGGGGUCGUGGCUCUCAUGUAUAAGUAUAGAGCCACGAAGAGUCUGCUAGAGGCUAAGGUCCCAGAAGAGCCACCAAAAGAAGAGGAGAAAGUUCCUGAGGAGGUCAAAGAAGAACCAGUAAUCAAGGAGAAACCGGUUAUUGAAGGCUGGCCGUGCCCACAGAGUGAGAGGAGAGACCCCAACGCCUGCCGACCUAAAAAUGAAUACUGCAAGGAGUAGAAGGUGAUAAUAAGAUCUAGUGCUGUAACCAAAUGGACGAUAACUCCCCAACUUUUGAAAAAUGAUGGUAUAGAUGUUAAACGUGGAGGAGAGGAGUGGAGUGAUUCACAAUGCUUACUAAUUUAAGUAGCAUGUUAGCAGGCUCGUUACGUCUUGUCUUCAUUUGGACAUUUUGAACUGUAUGUUAUUUGUUCAUAGUUUUCGCCAGUGUGUCCCGAGUAUUGUAAGGUCUGAAGCAUCUGCUGUUACGUAGUUUUGAAGAGAUAUGUUUAUAGUUUUGUAAAUAAAUAUGCUAUGUUUUAUCCCCUUCUUUCAUGGAUGCAUAGGCAUAGGUAUACAUAGGCGUGUGUCAAGUUUUUAAUAAAGUGAUUCU